UAUGGAAUUCACACUGCCAUGUAUAUUUUACCAUACUAAAUAUUUAAUAUAUUUAUGUAAUUUAAAUUUACAGAAAGACAUUUUGUUCAGCAUAUUCCCUUUUGAAUAUACAUUCCCAGUUAUGUCAGUUAUUGUUGCAUCCAUUGUUUUCAUAUUUCUGUAGCAGCCAGUAAAUUACAUAUACAUUACAUGAAAUGCUAAAAUUGUAAACCAAAAACCCUUCUCCCAUCCAAAAUAAAAUCUUCUUUGCCUACUAUCCAAAACAGUGGCAGGGUGAUAACAUAUCCUGACUUUGAGUCUGUGAACUUCACUUGCUGUAAUCCAUCCUCAUGUACUACAUUUUUUCAUAUUUCGGAAACAGGUUAAUCUGAAGAAAACCUUAUUUACAUUUUCUGCUCCAAAUGAUCUUCCCAACAACCUCCUUAAGGAUUGUACUAGAGCUUUGAAUCACCUUGUAUACAUUCAUUUCAAAAUUAUAAUUCACAGAGAAAUACAUGUCAUUAAGUGGUACAUAUUUGAUUCUUCUCUCAUAUAUUACAUGAAGAUAUAAACCCAUGCAUUAAAGAUAAUAAAAAUGUUAUCUUGUUUAACACUCUUAUCUUGUAACAGGAAAGUGGUAUUUCUCUUGCAUUAUCAGGUUGUUCAUUGUGUUAUUUCAAGAACUGAUAACUGUGACAAAAACUAAUCUGAUGAAACAUCCUCUCUUUACUUUAGUUUACAGGUGACUACCAGUAUACUAGAUUGCAUGAUUAUCAGACUUUUCAGCACCUAUCCAGAAUAAGCUGUGUAGCCAAGUGAGUUUUUUUCAAACUGGGGUUGUGGCUCCCCAGGGGAUUUUGAAGCUUAAGUCAGAAGGCAUACUGUUGGCUUCUCAAGAUGGACUCUGCUCAAUGGAGUUAGUUAAUAAACAUUACAUCAGUACUAUUUAUUUAAAUUCACAUUCCUAACAUUUGAAUGUUUAGCAGGUGAUUCAUUUUUGUUUCUAGUUCCUAUAAUAAUUGCUUGUAUCACUUUUGUCUGUUACAUUAUCUGUGUUUCAAGGUCCUUUUAGCUUCCUUUUCUGCCAAGUUUCUGUCGUCAUGGCACAUCCAUGAACAGGCAUUUUCCCUUUCUGUCUCAAAAUUAUCAGGCUUGCUGCAGGUUAUAGUUCUACAGUAUAAUGGUUUCCGAUUAUAAAAUAUAAUUGAAUAUAGACGCUAUUAUAUCAUUGUUUUUCUUUUUGUGUCAGUAUUAGUUAUUCAGGUAAUGAGGGUAACUCAGUCAGUAAAAUGACUUGGUAUAUACAGGAUGACCAGACUUUGAUUCCCAGCAGGUGUAGGUGCUUUUAUCUUUACUAUCAUAUGAAGACAGACUCUGAGAUUCACACAUCUUGUUACUCAGUGGGUACUGGGAAUUCUUUUUUCGGGUUGAAACCAGCUGAGUAAAACUGACGUCUAUCUAGUUUGAAAGUUAAAAAUGUAUGUAACUCUUGUCUUAUCUUCUCUCCAACUAUGUGACUGCAAGGUAUAGUGUUUGGGCACUAUACUACUACUGGUACAAUUUAUUGUGAUUUUUAAGCUUACUACAAACUGUUACAGUAAUAACAUCAGCUAUUGAGUGUGAGGUAAUGGGCUCUAAUGCAUCACAUAUGAUUGAUGAAGUCAUGAUUGAGGAAUAUGUUGAACUCACAUAUCUGAAGAAGGCUGAGAUACAAUAUAUUUGGAAGUAUUUUUAUGCCAUGAAUACUGAUGCUGUCAGUAGAGACUGUUGUUGCUUUCUACCAGUUGCUCAUCUGGAAGAGCUCCUGCCUCAAUUAAAGGUAAAUCCUUUCGUAGAUCGUUUAUAUGAUGUCUUCUUUCCAAGACGAGGGCGGAAUGGGGAAAUUUAUUUCUCUUUUGAAGACAUGUUGGAUAUGUGUUCUGCAUUGUCCCCUGAAUGCCCUGACAAAGUAAAAGCUAUGUGGGCAUUCAGGGUCUUUGAUUUCAAUAAUGAUAACUAUAUCGAUGAAGAAGAUCUUACAAUGAUAAUUGACAGACUGACACAAAAGAAGCAACUUACAUAUGAUGAAAAGGAGAAAAUUAUAAAAAUUAUUCUGAAAGAAGUGGACCUGGGUAAGUCUGGUAAAAUAUCAUCAAGGGAGUUUGUUCAUGCUGUUACCAAGAUGCCAGACUUUGCCACAUGUUUUCAGUUGAAAGUGUAAACAUGGCUUCUGGCAUGAAAUUUUGUGUUACAUCAUGCUGCUGGACCACAAAAUAUUAAGGCAGAAUAUGCUUACCAGUAAUUAAAAUGUAUCUUGCAUAUUUAAUACAUGAUUUUCUGGUGUAUAACUUGUUAUAUGUUUAGAAGUAUGAAGUUUCAGUUCUAAUGAAAAGGCAGCAGGACUAAUCAAACAUAUUGAAUAAGUAGUUGUAGACAGGUGAAAAACUGUGGACCUCCCUCCAGCUUUAGAGUUUGGUUGGCGUCACCAUAAAAACGAACAUGAAAUGGCCAUCAGUUAGGUGAAUUCUUUGGAAUGACCUAAGCAACAGAAAAUGGAACAAGUUUUGUGUGUGUGUGGUGUAUAACACUGUGAACUGACAAUAGAAAUUAAUGUAAAUAUUUAUUUUGACAGCUUACUGUUGAAGAUUAUUUACAUGUGAUGGAAAUUUUAACAAAUGAUGUGCAUUUCAAUGUCUACAAUGUUUGAUACAAGCACAUUCUUGUGGCUUGGAUCUUUGUUGCUUUUAUUGUCCUGCUUGGUCUCGUGUUCACAUUGUUUGGAUUGGGAGUUAUGUGGCCAGUCCUGAAUGCAGCAGCCAUAUUUUUAUGUAUGUGGAUCAAAAUCAAAGUGUGUAUCAUGUAAUUUACCAACAGCUUAUUGACAGGCCUGACUUCUAAUCCUUUAGUUAACACUUUUACUGACAGGAAGACUUCACAGGCUUUCUAUUAAAACUGAAUGACACAUCAGAGA